CACACGGCCGUCGCGUGCUUCGCUUCGCCGGCCACCAUAUAACCCUAACCCCCACCGCACGCCGUCGCCCUCCAGGCCCGAGCACACGCACGCACCACCAGACCGAGAUGGCGUCCGCCGCGUCGCCGCCGUCGUGGGUCAUCCUGGGCAGCGUGCCGCGGGUACUAUCGCCCGCCGCCGCCGACACCGACCUCCCUCCAGGCGUAGCCGACUUCUCCCUCGCGCUGCCGGCGCCCCCGCGCGUCGCGCUGCUCACCAUCCGCGCGCGCAUCUACCCGGACCGCGCCUCCUCCAGAAGAUCCCCCACCAUCAUCGCCGCCGACCCAUCCGGCCUCAUCCUCCUCCACUCCGAGCAGGGCCGCCGCGCCACCCCGGGCCCCACCAUCACCGACACCCCCGGCCACCAGGGAGUCUCCUGGUGUCCCUACCUCGACGCCUACUUCCUGCUCGACGCCACCGCCCCCGCCACCGCCGCCUUCCCGCUCCCCAACCCCGAGCUACUCUCCGGCCCGGGCUUCAUCGGCCUCAUCACCUCCCCCAAGGGCUACAUGGUCGCCGAGCUCCAGCCGGUCUUCGGCAGCGCCAAGGCCCAGCUCCUGCGCUUCUCGUCGCAGGUCGGCGAGUGGGUCACCCAGAGCGUCGCCUACCCGCUUCCCCGCCGCAGCUGGCGCCGCGCCGACGGCGUCCUCUCCUGCUCCGGGCGCCUCUGGUGGGUCGACCUCGCGUGGUGCCUCCUCACCUGCAACCCCUUCGCCUACGACCCGACGCUCACCGUCGUACACCUCCCGGAGGGCAAGGUGCUCAAGCCCAGGGAGGCCGCGGGGCUGCUCGACAAGUACCGCUGCGUCGGCGUCAGCGCCGGCAAGCUGCGCUUCGUGGACAUGUACAGGAACCGUAGCAGCCGCAGCGGGGCCGCGCAGAUCAGCGUGUGGACGCUCGACGACCAUCCGGUCGGCUCGUGGACGCUGGAGUGCGAGGCCACCUUCACGGAGAUCUGCAACGAUCCCAGCUACAAGGCCACUGGUCUGCCCAGGAAGAUCCCCGUGCUCGCGCUCAUCCAUCCCACCAACCCCGACGUCGUCUACUUCUUCCUGGACGGGCACCUGUUCGGCGUCGACGUGCGUGCUCGCAAGGUCGUGCACUGCGAGCUCUACGACCUCGUCGAACCCUCCAUGGAAAAGGUUGCCAGCCGCUUCGUUCAGGCUUGGCAGCUGCCACCGGCUCUCUGCUCAGGCUCAGCAAAGGAGACUGAUGAUGGCGUGGAUGAAGAGCUGCAGCGACUGCAUCUGCGAGACGAACAUGAGGAACGAGAAGCAGGUUUAACAUAGCAGGUAGGGGAAGUAACACAUCACGUGGAUAGGCCCGUUCUGAAGUGAAGUGACUACCAGAGUACCAGUCGGCAGUCGGCAAUGGCUGCUGAAACGUUUUGGUUAUCACAUUUUAGUUCAGAUGUUAGUAGAAUACCGAUCUUUAGAAUUUGGUGAUAUGGAUGAUUGGUCUGUUUUGGCUCAGAACAGAAGGAACAGUUCAUAGGGAUCAUGGUAUUGUGGCAGUAAGACAACUACAUCGAUCUUGUUAUGUUCAUAUCUCUUGUCAACUCCCAGUGAGUGUACUCGACAUAAAUGAGGUUUUGGUCUGGCCUUUGAUCA